AUGGCGGCCAAGGCCCAGGGCGCGCGCGACGCCGCGCCCGUGCCGAGCGGCAAGGCGCGCGGCGCGAGCGCGAGCGCGAAGCGCGCGAAGGAGGACGCGAGGAAGCGCGCGGGGAAGCGAGGGGCGGCGGCGACGGCGCGCGACGACGGCGCGACGACGGCGCGCGAGGCGAGCGGCGUGCGAGGGUACUGGCAGGCACCGGAGGAACAGGCGCUGAAGCGCGCGGUGCGGAAACACGGGAUCGGGGCGUGGGAGAAGAUGCGAAAUGAUCCGGAAUUCGCGGCGUUGCGGUCGCGCACGGGGGUGCAAUUGAAGGAUAAGUGGCGAAAUUUGAUCAAGUUUCAACACUUGCGCGUGGAUGAGGCGGCGAAGGUGCCUUAUAAAGCCGCGGUGAAGGCGGCGAACGCGGCGAACGCGACGGGAGGGAAAGCGGGACGCGGCGCGGACAAGGGCGGCGCGAGGGGGGCGAGCGCGGCGAACGCGAAGGGAGGAAAAGCUGCGAGCGCGGCGAGCGCGAGGAAGACGAAUGCGGCGGUGAAUGCGAAGAAGGGUAAAGGCGCGAGUGCGUCGAGCGCGAAGAAGGGCGCGGGGGGGAAGAAAACGAUGGCGGUGAGUCGAGACGCGUUGCCGAAGAAGGGCGGCGGCGGAACGACAAACGUCGCGGGCGCGCCGACGAUGAGCGCCAAGGAGAAGCUCAAAGCCAGGUUCGGGCACAGGCACGACGAUGAUGAUCAAGACGAGGACGAUGAGUACGAAGAAAUCGCAGGCGUCGGUCGACCAUCGACAGGGGCCAAGGCAAAAUUCGACGCCGGCGUGGACGCCGUGGUGACCCAGCUCAAGGCGAAACGCGCGGGCAUGGUGAACGAAGUCGAACACGCCGAGAGCGAACUCGCGAGGAUGAAGACGGUCGUAGAAGAAGCGGAAGCGGUGUACUCGUCCGCGCGCGCGCGCGUGCACGAGGCGCUCGUGGGCGCGCACGGGGAGGAUGAGUACUACGAGGACGGCGAGGGCGAAGACACCGCCGACUGGGACAAGUACUUGCACUUUGGCGAGCACGAGGACGAAGACGACGACGAAGAGGUGGCUCGUGCCGCUGAAGCCGCGGCAGAAGCGCACGAAGCGGUGAAACGGGGCAUUAAGAAGCCGAGCGAAAAGAAGCCGAGCGAAAAGAGGCCAAAGGCGGCGGUGGACGAAGACGCCACGGAUCACGACGACGACAGCGAUGAGGAAAUCGACGAAGAUCUCGUAGAUAGCGACGAGGACGACGACGAUUUAGAUGAGGAGGAACGCGCGGUGAGGAUUGCAAACGAGGUGCUCGCCGAGGCUGGGUUACCUCCCAUGCACGAAAUUGAACACGUGUUGCUCACCGAGCUCAAAAAGCUUGAAGCCGCGAACGCCGCAGUCGUGCACGCGCGCCUGGCGUUGGAGGCCGUAGACGCAGAGUUUGCCGAAGCACUCGUCAGCGCACACAACAAUGCGGCGGCAAACGCGAAAGCGACGACGUCGGCAGCUUUUGACCACGACGACGAUUUAGAGAAGAGUUUCACCAUGGAUGGCGACGAAGACGAAGACGACGAAGACGAAGACGACGAAGUCGAUGACGAAGACGACGAAGAAAUCGACGAAGAUUUGGUCGACGACGAGGAGAUCGAAGAGGAGAUCAGGCCGCAACCCACUUCAAAGUCGAAGGCAAAACCAAAGGCAAAGUCGGCGCCCUCUCAAAACGACGGCGCAGACGCGGCGGGUGGGCGAGUCGUUGAAGACCGGAGAUACGGUAUAUACGACGCUCGGCGCUAUCGUUCGGAGGCUGAAAACGACGCCGCCGAGGCUGCGGCGUCCAAGGGUGGUAAAGUGUCCGCAGCCAGUAAACGUAAAGCGCCGACGAGCUCGAGCGCGGCGGCACCCAAAAAGAGCGCCAAGCAGACUGUCAAGGUUGAAGACACUGAAAUAUGGUACGAACAGCCAAAUGUCGCCAAAGCUGGUGCGGCGGUGAUGCCAAAGAAAUCGCAACAGUUUCGAGCGGCACCGCAGUCGGCUCCUGGAUCCAUUCCUUCGUGGCGACGCAAGCGAGCAGCGACUCGCGUCACCAUCGGCCGUCCCGUCGCGGGCCCCACGUCUUGGGCCGCGAUCGGGCAACACAUUAUAAAAGAGUAA